AUGGAAGAUCAGGACACCCUGUCCAAUGCCGAAUUAAAAGCCAAAAUGGUGUCCCAGGGUUUACCCAACAUUGCUGUGACGGACAGUAGCCGAAAUGUUUUAGUCAAGCGUUUGCGCGCGUCUUUGGCUGGCGAGACGCCUGGGUCGCCGUCAUCAGCUGGAGCAAGCCCAAAGAAAUCCUCCAAACGGCGUGAUACAUUGCAGCCAUCCAACAGUUCGGAAGCCAAAGAGACCGAACGUCGCAGCCGCAUGGUAGAGAAGAAAACCAAACAACCGGCUUCACUUGUUCCUAAACAGACGCGCCGCAAAUCUAACACCAACACGGCACCUCCAAGCAUAGAGGACCGAGAUGGGACCAAAAAGCUGGAGACCAUAGUGGAUGAAUUACAGCCACCGACACGGAAUGUUCAGAACGAGAAAACUGUGGAGGACAAUUCUGUUAUUGUGCUGGAGUCUGAUGGCAAAGAGGACGAUGAGACUAAAUCAUCGACGAAAACUUUGGAUUACGAUUCCGAUGAGACGAAAUCGGCAAGGAAAACUUUGGAGGACGAUUCUGUUAUUGUGCUAGAGUCCGAUGACGAAGAGGACGAGAAGACGCUAAAGGCUCCAAACCUCGUUUCAGUCGCUUCUCAGAUUGCAAUUGGCACCCAUGGCAGUCGCUAUAGCAGCUACACCAUGACUAAUACUAGCUCUGCCACAACACGCUAUCGCCAUUCACCAGCUGCUCCCUUGUACAUGAAUCGAUUCGUUCGAAAUCUGGCUCGGCUAAGAGCGGCUAACAGCUAUUCCAGACGCACUGUGGCUGGAUAUUCGUUUUCUAAUGUUGACUACGAACUUCAAGCACGCUACAAACCUCAUGCACCCCGUGCCCUACGUCCCGAGGACACAAGUGUGUCCGUGGCCUUUUCCAACUGGAUAAAUAGUUUGGAUGAGAAAUUCGGAUUAGAGUCCAUUAUAUUCCUUUUGGUUGUCGUUCUAAUUCUGAUUGGCUUAUAUAUCAUAUUUCACUAA